GGGGGCUUGUCUCCAUCAGACAGACGAUUGUUGUGUUCGGAAACGGAAAGACGCAGCGGAUUUUGUCGACGUUUCUCAAUAAUUUGUCCGGAUUCUAAAGGCUUGCUCACGCUUUCAUUGUUCAACUGAUCGGUCGCUUGGACAACGGCGACUUGAUCCACCGCGAAAAAAAACCGUGUUUUUUUUUUUGUGCUAUUAGGUCGAAAGUGAUGCAGCUGCAGACGGACCCCGACGGGCGCAAACAGUCACUCGAUUUAAUCUCAUCGCAUUUAAUCGGAAAGAGUAGUUUUUCUAUAAACCGAAAGUGCCUCAGAGCGGCGCAUUCUCGACCGAGUGCUUGUAACAGAUUCUUGAACGCGCACUAAUUCCUCGGUUGUAAACGGACAACAACACAAGGAAAACGAAGCUUGGAGGUGACCGGAGCGGCGAACUCCAGCAAAAAUAAGAAUAAAAAAAGAGCCGAGAAGACUGCAGACUGAGACAAGCGACUUUUUUGGAACAUCUACUUGGCUUUCGCGUCGAGGAAUAUCGACUUGAAGGCGAUGAAGUUGCUGGAAAACUCGAGUUUUGAAGCACUCAGCUCACGGCUGUGUGCUGAAACAGGAGAGUCUCGUAUCCUUGGCAGGAUCGAGAGCUACUCAUGCAAGAUGGCAGGCGACGAUAAGCAUAUGUUCAAGCAGUUUUGCCAGGAAGGCCAGCCGCACGUCCUGGAGGCUCUGUCCCCGCCGCAGUCUGCCAGCGCCGCCAGUCCCGAUCUGCUGGCUAAGAGCGCCGAGGACGCGGAGAACCCUCUGAGUGACAAGUGCUGCAGGAAGACUAUCUUCUACCUUAUCACCACGCUUAACGAGUCCUUCAGGCCGGACUAUGACUUCAGUGCGGCGCGGGCGCAUGAGUUCAGCAGGGAGCCAAGUCUCAACUGGGUGGCCAACGCUGUCAACAGCAGCUUGUUCUCUGCUGUCGGGGAAGGAUUUAACUCUCUGGGACCUGAGCUGUGGAGUGCCAUCGACCAAGAGAUCAACCUGCCAGCCUGCGACAUCUACAGCUACAAUCCUGAUCUGGAUUCUGAUCCUUUCGGGGAGGAGGGCAGCCUGUGGUCCUUCAACUACUUCUUCUACAACAAAAAGCUCAAGAGGAUAGUUUUCCUCACGUGCCGCUACGUCAGUGUCCUUAGCGGCUAUGGUGGUGACGGCCUGGACAACGACGAGUUGGACAUGGAGCUGGACGACCAGGACGACGAAGAGGAGGAGCUGGAGGGCUUCACAGAGGACAGGUGUCCCAGAGUCGUGUGCGCGUGAGUCUUCACUGUCCAGUUAUCGUUGUGUUUUUCACGCAAAGCAGUUCUCACGCUUUUCUAGGAUUAUAUGCAUGUUAAGAGUUUUUUUCUAACAAAUGUUGAGACGAGGUAAAUUGCAAAGAAAGUCAACAACAAAAAGGAGGCAGUUUCCUGGGCUGGAACUUGUGUUACUGUUUUGAAGUAUGAACGUUUCUCUCCGCUUAGAUUAACGAAGCGCGUUUUACCGCAGCUUUUCCGUCAGAUGUUCUUUUUUGUGUGUCCUAAAUAUUCCUUUUUUUUUCUAUAUUUGUGUGCACCUGAUUUCCAUGCACUUGUGUAUAGAGUGAAACUAAGCUACAUAAUGACUGUAUCUGUGCUUACUUUUCUGUGUUCUAAUAUAUUACUGAUGUGAAUAAACACCUUUUUUAUGAGUGUCA